CUAGGAGGUGAGAUGGAAUGCUAAUUCGAAACGUUUGAAGCCUACCGUCUUGUUUCGCCGGAUAGGAUUCAUUUUUAUUAGUAUCUGUUGAAAUGGGGCUUGUUCCUGACGAAGCCAAAGUUCUUCCCCCUCCUGGGAUUAUAAACAGAAAUUCCGUCUGGUUCGGUUUCACUGGAUGGUUGACAGCAGUGCUGCACAAUUCUCUUAACCGAAGGCCUCCCAUCAAAGCUGGAGUCCACCGACAGGUAUUAUUCACGACCAUUGGAUGGUUUCUGGGCUACCAUCUAACCAAGUAUGAAAAUUACACAUAUGCCCGACUGGACAGAGACAUGAAUGAAUACAUUAGACUGCAUCCGGAGGAUUUUCCAGAGAAAGAGAAGAAGACAUUUUCAGUGAUUACGGAGCCAUUUAAUCCUAUCCGUUGAAGUGACACAUGCGUGAAGAGUGUAUUUGGAAGUCUGAAUUCAUGCCAUUUGUUUGUUUAAUAUUCUCAGCGUGUUUAAGCUUCCAGUAAACUCUUUAAAAGAGUAUGUCUGAUGUAUAAAUAAGAUAUUCCCUUUAUUAUCUCGAACAAUGCUAAAUAAAACUGAUAAGAAGAUUAUA